AUGGCAAGCAAGAAAGUCAUCGUUGUGUUUGGGGCAACAGGUUCUCAGGGUGGUUCUGUGGCCAGAGCCAUUUUGGCAGGCAAAGACUUUUCAGUAAGAGCAUUGACUCGGGAUGUGAGCAGACCUGCCGCCCUGGCCCUACAAGACCUGGGAGCUGAGGUGGUGAAGUGUGACCUGAAUGACCAAGAGGCCGUGAAGGAAGCAUUGAAAGGCGCCUAUGGAGCCUUCCUGGUGACCAACUUCUGGGAUGACUUUAGUAAGGAGAAGGAAGUGCAGCAGGGGAAAAUAGUAGCGGAUGCCAGCAAACAGCUGGGCUUGAAGCAUGUGAUAUACAGUGGCUUGGAGAAUGUCAAGAAGUUGACCAAAGGGAAACUGGAGGUGCUGCACUUCGAUGGGAAAGGAGAAGUGGAAGAAUACUUCUGGGCUCUCGGAGUGCCCAUGACCAGCGUCAGGAUAGCGGCCUACUUUGAAAACUUUUUAACCUUCUGGAAGCCCGUGAAGGCAUCUGAUGGCGACUACUACAACUUAAUGUUGCCUAUGAAUGACGUACCCAUGGAUGGCAUCUCUGUUGCUGACGUUGGACCAGCGGUGGCCAGCAUCUUCCGGUCCCCAGAGGAGUUCAUGGGCAAGGCCGUGGGUCUCAGUGCAGAAGCCCUGACGGUUCAGCAAUAUGCGGACAUCCUUUCCAAGGCCUUGGGUAAAGUGGUUAAAGACCCCAAGAUCACCCCAGAAGCUUAUGAGAAGCUGGGAUUCCCUGGAGCAAAGGAAUUGGCUGACAUGAUGCGUUUCUAUCACAUGAAGCCGGACAGAGAUGUGAAGCUCACACACAAGCUUAACCCCAACGUCAAGAGCUUCUCCCAGUUUAUCUCGGAGAACAAAGAGGCCUUAAAGGACCUAUAG